AUGGCCUCCAGUUCCAACUCGGCACACCCCGCAGCUGCAGCGGCUGGCUUAUCUCCGUCUGACUCGUCUGCUGCCUCCGAGGAGGACGACUUCUUGAAACGCUUCGAGUCUUUCUCGCUUGCACUGCGCCCUGCCAAGCCUGCGCCUCCGCCGCUCGACCCUGCGGAUGUCAUGCGCAAGUACGAUGAGCUGGCUAAAGCUGUGGCCAACCUCUCACUCAAGGAGGUGAAGACAGAUGUCGAGGGCGUCGUCGAGAAGGUCAAGCCGCUUUACACCGCGGUUGGAGUGGUGAACGACUAUAUCGACUACGCGUUGACCAUGUUUCCCACCCUGACCCCGAUGUCAGCCCAGUUUUGUCUCGAUUCCAUUCAGAGACCCGUCAAAACCUACCGCAAGGAGGUUGAAGCCAAAAGAAGGGCAAGCAAGCGCACGACAGGGUCUCCUGCCCCUGCGACUGCCGCUUCGGCACCUGCCAUCCGACCGAAUUUUGUCAUCACAACCAUGAACGGACAGCCGCUACUCGUGGUUGAAGUCAAGUGCCCGACGACCCACCGGGUCAAAGGCAUGUAUGUCUACAAAGGUGGGGAUUUGGAGCCCCGCGAAGUGCCGGACAACAACCCCGAUCCGGAUGCUGUCAAGCACAAUACAACCCUCGGGCACCUGCAAGGCCAGCUGUACGACUACCUGCGCUCGUUUCACAAGGACUUGGGCAUGGUGCCGUACUUUGGCAUCCUCACGACGUACCACGAGUGGGCAGUUUACUGGCUCGCCGACGACAUGGAACAACACCUUCAAGACACUCCCUCCUGCACGACCGAGUGCGCGACUGUUUCGGACGUCGGCGAGUUCAAGAAGAUCAUUCUUGAACUCGAGAGACGAGCAACCGCCACGACAGACGCGCAGUGGCCAUCGCUCAAAGAUGUUCCCACGUUUGGCGACGUGUACAAACCAGCAACAACUUCAGCGAAGGUGUUUCAACAAGGCGAAGCGACGCGCCGCCUCAUCCGCACGCGCGUGUUCAAGUGGAACGAUCCCGACCUCGUCAACGUGUUGCAGAACGUCAUUUUCAAGGCCUAUCACCUGUCGCAACUGCGCUUCCACCCUCAUUUCGGUGAAAGCUCCUCGUGCCUACUCUACAGUAACAACCAGCUUACACAGACCAGAACGCAUGGCCGCGUUCAGUUGGACUUCAACACCUUCUCCAACAAGGUCGUUCGAUCUGGGUACAUUUUUGGAGGCCCAAAGCCGACCAACGUUUACUGCUUUGUUGACCUCGGUCGCGGACGUGACGGCCAUGCAUGGCUUGCGAGCCCGUACACCAAACUGAACCACGGUGUCUGUGUCCUGAAGGAUGAUCAUGUCCGGCUUUGCGAGGAUGAGGAACGUCGUCCCAUUCUGGUUGCAGCCGCGCGUGCAGUUGAACACAUGGCUUCGCUUGGCUACCGACACAAAGACGUGCGCUGGCGUCACGUCGGUAUCUACCGUAUCAUGGGCGACGACACGUUGUAUGCGGUGCUGAUCGACUUGUCCGAUGUGGAAAAGGUCUCCGACAAAGCCGAAGCCAGAAAAGGCAUGCUCGCGAAACUUGACAUUGACGAAAGCCUCUUAGAAUAG